UGUUACAAUUAUCCUUGGAUUAUCCUGUUACAGUUAUUUUUUAGUUACAGGUAUUUUAAAUGAUCGAAAGAAACACAAGAGGCAUCUAAUGCGCAAAGAAAUACAAAGUAUCCAACGCAAAAUAUAGUUCAUAAUUUUUUAAGAAUGCAACGAAUGUUUUUAUGCUCGGUAUUUCAUUUCAUCGAACUUGUCCGUCUAAGUGGGGAGAGCGACUGAGCUGAGCAUACAGUAGUGGGGAGAGCUCGGGAAGCGGAGAGCGGAGAAAUCUGGAGAAAUCCUACAGUCUGUGUUGAGACAACGAAGGCAACGAAGUGAGCAGAAGUGAGCAGUCUUAGUGAAAAAUGGAUCCGAACGAUACGAGUCUUUAUAGGUUAGAAGGGAGUGACAAAAGCCAGUCGUCUGGUUUAAUUCUUCGUAAGAAACCGUCCGAUCAUACGUUUAAGAAGCCACAAGUGUCUGUUCUGGGUCUGGACAAGCUUGCGAAGCGGAAGAGACAAGAAAAUCAGCAGGACGGUGGCUCUUCAAGAUCCGAUGCGAAAUCUGAGGUUAAGGAGAGGAAAUACAGAUCGUACGGCGAGGAAACUCCGACUCAUACAGGAGGAGUAAAUGUGGAAGCUCAGCGAAGAUUGGAGGUCCGAUUAAAGCACCAGAGAUUAAGUGCACAGGACAGAAAUCAUCCAUACAGGGACAGAGACAGAGGUAACAAGAGAGACAGGGACAAUAGAAGUCGCGGCAGGGACAGCGUGAGGGACAGCAGCAGACAGACGCCGAGAUUUAAAGAUGAGCCACAGACUCCAGUGUUCGACACAAAGGAUUCUGCAUUUAAAAGUAAUUGGGACGAUGACGAGGAUGAGGAACCUCGAAAGUCAAGCUGGGAUCACCCGACGCCUAACAUUUACAGAAGCAGAGAUGGUCGUGAAAGUAUUAGAAGCGAAUUCACGCCUUCGUAUAAGUACAAUUCCUGGAACAAAGAAAGGAAAGCCAGCGGAGCGACUCCCAGCAUCGACGGGGAGGAGAAGGAAUUGUGGGAAGAAGAGCAGCAGAGGCUGGAUCGUGAAUGGUACGCCCUGGACGAUGGAGAGAACCAUGCGUUCGCUGAUGUAUCCGAGGAGUAUACUCGUAAAAAGGAAAUGGAGUUGGAGGCGAAGAGGCAGAAGCGUCUCUCCGCGCAGCAGCGACAGAUCAACAAGGACAAUGAAUUGUGGGAGCGCAAUCGCAUGUUAACGUCCGGCGUCGUAAGCUCCUUGGAUCACGACGACGAUCCUGACGACGAAGGGGAGACCAGGGUGCAUCUCUUAGUGCACAACGUCGUCCCACCGUUCUUGGAUGGCCGCAUCGUGUUCACGAAGCAACCAGAACCCGUUGUCCCAGUACGUGAUCCUACUUCGGAUAUGGCUCUUGUAGCGAGGAAGGGAUCCGCAUUGGUACGGGCGUAUCGCGAGCAGAAAGAAAGAAAGCGAGCUCAAAAGAAGCAUUGGGAACUGGCAGGAACGCACAUCGGUAACAUUAUGGGAGUGCACGACAGACGCAAGGAUGACAAAGAAGCUCCCGGACAGGAAACCGACUACAAAGCUGGACAAAAGUACGCGCGUCAUAUUCGGGACGAAGUCACCGGCGAAGCAAAGUACAGAUCGAUCCAGCAUCAAAGGAGAAGUCUACCAGUAUUUGCAGUACGACAAGAAUUAUUAAAUGUAAUUAGAGAGAAUAGCGUGGUAGUUAUAGUAGGAGAAACCGGUAGCGGAAAAACCACGCAAUUAACUCAGUACCUUCACGAGGACGGCUACAGUCGCUAUGGUAUAAUCGGAUGCACGCAGCCGAGGAGAGUCGCCGCGAUGUCCGUGGCUAAAAGAGUUUCCGACGAAAUGGCAACUACUUUAGGAGACAAAGUAGGAUACGCCAUCCGUUUCGAGGAUUGCACAUCAAAAGAUACCGUCAUUAAAUACAUGACCGAUGGUAUCUUAUUAAGGGAAAGCUUGAGAGAAGGAGAUCUGGAUCGGUACAGCGUAGUCAUCAUGGACGAGGCUCACGAGAGAUCGCUGUCUACCGACGUCUUAUUUGGUCUAUUGAGAGAAGUCGUAGCUCGGAGGCACGAUCUGAAAUUGAUCGUAACGUCGGCUACAAUGGACUCCAGCAAAUUCUCGACCUUCUUCGGAAACGCAGCCACUUUCCAAAUACCUGGCCGUACCUUUCCGGUAGAAGUACUUCACGCGAAAAACCCGGUGGAGGAUUACGUCGACGCAGCAGUGAAGCAAGUGAUGCAGAUACACUUGCAGCCGCGGUCAGGCGACGUGCUGGUAUUCAUGCCCGGUCAAGAAGAUAUCGAAGUCACAUGCGAAGUUCUCAAAGAACGUUUAGCCGAGAUAGAGUCCGCUCCUCCGCUUUCCAUUUUACCAAUUUACUCGCAAUUGCCGUCGGACCUCCAGGCGAAGAUCUUCCAGCGUUCGGAGGGCGGUUUAAGAAAGUGCGUCGUAGCCACGAAUAUCGCCGAAACUUCGUUGACCGUAGAUGGGAUCGUGUUCGUCGUGGAUUCCGGUUAUUGCAAGCUAAAAGUUUACAACCCUCGGAUCGGUAUGGACGCCCUGCAAGUGUAUCCCGUCUCCAGAGCUAACGCCGACCAGAGAUCGGGAAGAGCUGGACGUACGGGCCCUGGUACCUGUUAUAGACUGUACACGCGAAGACAGUACUUAGACGAGUUACUGUUGACCGGAGUUCCUGAAAUUCAGCGUACCAAUCUUGCAAAUACUGUAUUAUUAUUGAAAUCACUGGGAGUUCAGGAUUUAUUGGCAUUCCACUUCAUGGAUCCACCGCCUCAGGAUAAUAUACUGAAUUCCCUGUAUCAAUUAUGGAUUUUGGGAGCCUUAGAUCAUACAGGACGAUUAACACCGCUUGGACGACAAAUGGCCGAGUUCCCGCUAGAUCCACCGCAGUGCCAAAUGCUCAUCGUCGCUUCACAGCUCGGUUGCACCGCAGAUAUAUUAAUCAUAGUUUCCAUGUUGUCGGUCCCUUCGAUAUUCUACCGACCAAAGGGGCGCGAGGAAGACUCGGACUCCGCUCGAGAGAAGUUCCAAGUACCAGAAUCCGAUCAUUGAACAUAUUUAAAUGUCUACAAUCAAUGGAAAGCGAACGGUUACUCCAGCUCGUGGUGCAACGACCACUUGAUACACGCGAAAGCGAUGCGCAAAGUGAGGGAGGUCCGACAGCAGCUCGAGGAGAUUUUGAAGCAGCAGAAGAUGGAAGUCGUCAGCUGCGGCACAAACUGGGACAUCGUUCGGAAGUGCAUCUGCUCCGCUUAUUUCCAUCAAGCGGCCCGGUUGAAGGGUAUCGGCGAGUACGUGAACUGCCGUACGGGGAUGCCGUGUCAUCUUCAUCCGACCUCGGCACUUUUCGGCAUGGGAUUCACGCCUGAUUACGUCGUGUACCACGAGCUCGUGAUGACUGCCAAGGAGUACAUGCAGUGCGUGACCGCUGUCGAUGGACACUGGCUAGCCGAGUUGGGUCCGAUGUUCUUCAGCGUCAAAGAGACUGGAAGAAGCGGUCGAGCGAAGAGACGACAGGCUAUGCAGCAUCUGCACGAGAUGGAGGGACAGAUGAAAGAAGCGGAGGAGGAGAUGAAGGCACGGGCACAGGAACAGCUUGAACGCGAGCAAGCUUCCAUCAGAAAGUAAGUUGAUCGUUUAUAUGUG